CUCACGCACAUGCACCGGCGGUCUCUUCGAGAUUGCACCUGGCGGACCCGAACGUAUAUGCCGCGCGCGGCAGCUGCUCCGGUCCCCGAGACACCCGGUCGUAGUCGCUCAUCGCGAUCCGACGACCGGCCACCCAUCCCGAGACCCGGAAUCAGUUCUCGACCGACGUCCGCGGACUACUCAUCGCCGGCGCAAUGUUCUCGUGCAAGACCCGGUACGCUUGCGGCGGCCGGAGCCGGCAGCAGCACAGCGACAGCGACGAGGACGGCAGCUAUGGGUUCGGGGCCGUGGGCAACCGGACCAGGGCAGCAGCCUCCGCGUCGUCGUGCGGAGGUCAAAAGCCUUCCGAAGAAGAAGAAGGAGACUAUCACAUUUACGGCAACCUGACGUUCGGUUACAAGCCAAUAUUGAAGACGAGGCUGUCGAGCGCCGCGAGUUCGGUUCGCCGACGGACGCCCGUCAAGCGGACCGUUAGCUUUUCCGGCGUGCAAAGGUCUCCGCCGUCCCCGCCGUCGCCGCUCAGACGUCGCAACAGCUACCGUCCACCGCCCCCGUGCUAUUCCGUGGCCGUUCGCCGCGCCUCCAGUUUUUCCACCACCCGGAAAAACGCGGCCCAGAUAAUCGCCCAGAGGCAGCGCAUGCCGUUGCCCGGCGAACGGGUUUUCGCGUUGCCACUGCCGCCGUUACCCGCAGACGGACGACGCGUUUUCCCGACGCCACCGCUGCAACCAGCAGACAAACGAUUCCUCUUCCCGUCGCCACUGCCGCAACCCGCAGACAAACGACCCGUUUUCUUGUCGCCACUGCCGCCGUUACCCGCAAACGAACGACGCGCGAACGGCUGCAGCGACGUUCCGCCACCCUCCUGCACCCUACACACCAGCCGAGUGGUCGUCGACGUGCACAAGACUUCCGAUAAUCGCCCGAAAACGCCCACGACCGCGAUCGCGCCUACUGCAAGUUUGGAUAAAAGCCCUUCCAAGCCAGUCGACAAUGUCGUUUUGAAAGCACCCAACGCCACAGACAUAGCUGGUCAGCGGAUGGAUUCUUAUAGAUUUUCAAUGGCAAAUUUAGAAGAUACUCAAGACGUAGACUUAGACGCCGUGUUGGGAGAGCUAUGCGCCUUAGAAUCCCAAUACCAGAGCACGAAUAGUCUAUUGGAUUCGGAAAAAAACGAUUACAAUACAAUAAACAGGAUGCUGUCAAAUUCAAAUCAACCGGGAACAGUGAGGACCGAUAGUCCGGAUAACGAUUCCGCGUUCUCUGAUUGCGUAUCGUUGUUGUCGAGCAGCGAGAGUUCAGCUUCGAGCGGCACUACCAAUCACUCUGGAAACAACAAAGAGUCGUCUAAAGCGGAUAAAAUCCGUCUGGCCCUACAAAAAAUGAAAGAGGCCAGUGUGAAGAAACUAUUCAUCAAAGUGUUCAACGACGACGGUGGAGCAAAAUCGUUAUUGGUCGAUGAGGGUAUGCGCUGUAGUUACGUGAUGCGAUUGUUAGCCGACAAACAUCACAUUAAUCUCGGACCGCGCUGGGGGCUCGUCGAACAUCUGCCGGACCUUCAUAUGGAACGCGUUUACGAAGAACACGAGUUGCUAGUAGAUAAUUUAAUGCUGUGGACCAGAGAUUCCAAGAACCGUUUAUUGUUUGUCGAGCGGCCCGAGAGGACGUUAAUAUUCGAAAAUCCGUCGUUGUUUAAUACCAGCACUCAGUCGCUCAGCCACGCGACUAGUAACUUUGCUCAAGAAUACUUUUGCAACGGUGGACUCCCAAGCGUCGAAGGCCCGCUGUACAUCAAGACGGACUCGAGGAAGGGCUGGAAGAAGUACCACAGCGUGCUCAGGGCUUCGGGUCUGUACUAUUACAAGGACAAGGCGUCGCGAUCACCGAAGGACCUCGUUUGCCUGGCCACGUUCGACGUGAACCAGGUGUACUACGGCGUGGGCUGGCGUAAGAAGUACAAGGCGCCCACCGAACACUGUUUCGCGAUCAAACACCCGUGCUUGCAGCAACCCAAGUCGACCAAGUACAUAAAGUACGUGUGCGCCGAGGACGAGCGAACGCUGCAAAAGUGGAUGUCGGCCAUACGGAUCGUCAAGUACGGACAACAAUUGCUCGACAACUACGAGUCGGCGCUGGCAGGCGGUGACGGCGGCGACCCUACGCAAACGUCGUCGUCGUCGACGAUAAUGUCGCCGACCGCGGUGUCACCAUCGUCCGGUGGCACUUCCGGAUCGACGGGACGUGGGUCCGUGGGACUCGACGACGACGACGCGGCCACCAUGAUGCUGGACGAUGGCGAGAGCGGACUGUCGUCAGACUCGGGAGGUUCGUCGUCCGGUUGCGACGUGGCGUUCGAGUCGGACUACCCUCCGUGCGGCACCAUCAAACGGAAGCCGCCCAAACUUCCACUGACGGCCACCACGCGUCAGCUCGCCUGUUCCGCAACAGAGACGUCGGCGUUUGCAUCGAACACGGCGACUUCCGGCCACCAACAAAAGCCCGUCAAGUCGGUCAAGUUUGCCGACCACCACCUGCAGCAACCGCCGUCGUACCAACACCACCAGCAGCAACAGCAGUACCUGCAACAACAGUACCAGCUCCAGCAUCACCAUCACCACCAGCAGUUACAGCAGCAGCACCACCUCCAACAGCAACAGCAACAAUUGCAACAUCAACAGCAACAGUACCACCACGUACAGAUGAUGCAGCACCGACGGACGCCUAGUCUGGAAUCGUUGCCGCCUCCUCCGCCCGAACUGUUGGCCGACGACGACGACGAGCUGAUGAACUCCGUGCCACCCCCGCCGCCCAAGCUGCUGUCGCCGCCCAGCACGGCGUUCCUGGCCGACCUGCACCGAGUCGUGUGCAAGAAGUGGCAGGUGGCGCAAAAGUGCAAGCUCGACACGAUGGCCACGCCGCACGAAGUCCUGGGUUUCCGGGACCCGGCCCUCGGAGGGCUCCAACCGCAGUACGCCGCCGCCGACGGCGCCAACAACAACGCUUACAGCCGCGAGGCGAACGUCAGCAAUUGGGUGGCCGAACACUACGGGCCCAACAAUCUGUACGAGAACGUGUACCCCAAACAGCAACCCUCGGGUCCAGUCCCGGCUUGUUCGUCGCCGCCACCCCCGCCGCCGCCGCCAACGGCCCAGCAUCUCCUCCGCGGGACCAGCAACUGCAAGAUCAACAAGCGACCUCCUCCGCCGCCACCCCCGAGGUCCGAGAAGACGCAACUCACCACCGUCGUCUCGUAACGAGUCGUAGUCCGUCAUCGUCGUCGUCGUCCGACUCGCUCUCCGUUCGUCUUUCACGCUUUCGGUUUUUGUCGCGUUUCUAUGAUUUACCACACCGUUAGUCGUCUCGUCCGCUUCGUGUACUAUUUAUAUCUACUCAUAUUAUUAUUAUUACUAUUUUUUUUUUCUAUACGAUCGAAACAUUUUUGUUAGAUACCUAUUGUUUUUUUGUUCGAUUUAUAUAGUAAUAGUACAAUAUAUAGUAGUACCGCUAUAGUGAAUAUUGGAAAACUUGUCCUGGAUUGGCGCCGAAGUCGUACUAUUACGUGAUGCGUUGCAACCGACUACUAAGCAGGCUGCGUUUAAAACUGCAAUUAUUAUUGUACGCGUUUGAGCCGUCUCGAUUAAACUCUCGAUUGUUUUGUCAUGUCAACAUGUUAGUCACCGAAAUGAACUACGGCUUAAUUAUUUUGGUAAUAAAUGUCAACUUAGCUAUGCAAUCAUGACAAUUGAUAAAGUCAAUAUGAUAAUACCAUAGAUUUGUUUACUUUAUUCCAUUUAGUAUUUAAGUUGAUUUCUGGUGGCAAACUAUCCUGAUUGUUUAUUUUUUUUUUGUUGCCACUGGCGUCCAAAGAAGGCAAACACAUCAUAUGGCGUCUUCUUUUACUCCUGUGUUUUGCUUUUAUUUAUUAAUUUUUCUUUCUAUGAAUAAUAAUAUGUUACUAAAAGACUGUAUUUUUAUUUUAUUUUUUUGUGUUGAUAAAUAAUAUCAUAAUUGUUUAUAUACAUUUAUAUUAUAUGUUAAUUCGUAAUGGUAUUACAAACAUAAUAUUGCAGUUCUGAUAUUGUCUUUGUUGCAAUAGUAUCGUAAUUGGUGCUUAAUUUAUAUAUUCAUGUAAUAAAUACAUAAUAAUGUAUGUAAUAUGUUAACAUUUUUUUCUUCAUAUCAUAACGUUAUGUUACAUGGUACGGUGAUUAUUAUUAUUAUUAUUUUGCCCGAGUCUUCGAGAACAUUUAUCUUUUUAUUGUACAUUAAUUUCCAAUCAUUAUGUUUUUAAUUUUUUUUUUUUAUAUAUAUUAUAUUAUAACUAUAAUAAUUAUAAGUUAUAACAAAUAAAGUAAUUUGUGACUUUUAUUGUAAAUCAAGUGUAAAAAAUUAUUUUAUCACCAUCGAUGAUGCUGAAGAUAGGUAUAAUAUCUUCUCAUUUUUUAGAAAAUUAUAUUUUGCCAUGAUACUAUCUAUUGGCUAUAGCGUAUGCCAUAAAUUUUGAUUCAUUAAACACUCAACAAAUUCCAUUUUGUUCUAAAUGUUGCUGUAUUGGUGUAAAUUCUAAAUUUGUAUUGAUUAAGUCAAUCUAUAUUAUGCUAUAUAUUCCUCCAUUUUAAAAAUGUAUCAAUUUUAAUUACUGAUAAAAUGAGGAAACCAAAUACUUCAAACAUAUAAAAAUAAUUUUAAUUUUAUAAAAAUGUCAGAUAAAAUGCAAUGAAUUGUUUAACUGCUCAAAUGCAUACAGACCAAAACAGUCAUAAUUAAUUUAUUAAGUGUCUUUUUUACUUUUUAUAAUCACACAAAAUUCAAUAGAUAUCAUUAACAAUUUUUAAUAGUCAAAUUUUGUAUAAAAAAAAAACUUAUUGUAUUUUACUCAAGUUUUAAAAAAAUUGUAUUUUUUAAUAUUAUUGAAAAAAUCUUGAUGAUAAUUUGAAUUGGUGUAAAACAUUAUUUAAUUUAUAGUUGAAAUUGAGAUCAAUUAUGAUGUAUGAACUCAUUUGUAGUUUGUUCAAAAAAAUAAAUGAUUGGUAAAUCAGGUUAAGUAGAAAAUGUUUUGAUUUUUUAGAAUGUUUUUAUUGUUAUCAAAGUUAUUAUUUAGAUUAAAUUUGAUAGUCCUGUUGCUAUGGAACAUUUUUUUGGAAGGAAAUUAUUAAUAAUUAUAGAUAUUAUAAUGUAAUAAAUUAUAUUCAAGCAUAUAUUAUAAUUACCUUUGUUAUGCACAUGCAAGGCCAUAUCUGGAGGGGGGUACAAGGGUCCGGAUACCUUCUACCCCGAAAUUCCUUCAAUAUAUUUCAAAUGUUUAAAAUAACUAUUUUUUGUACCAACAUUAUUAUUUUUAGUCAUGAAAAAAUGAUUUAUACUCCAAUUAAAUAACUAUAAUUUACUGUUUUCACAUCAUCAUGGUUUUAUAUCAUAACAUAUUAAAAUAUUAUUAUUGAACCUAAUAAUAGAUUAUUUGUUAUUAAUGGAUCUAAAUUUAAUACAAUUACAUUAUACAUAAUUUAACUCCCCGCUAAAUUUUUUUCCGGAUACGGCCUUGUACACAUGCAAAUAUGCAAUUCCAAUCUUGAAAUCCAAAGUCUAUUUAUACUCUUUUAUAUUAUACCGCCGCACAGUCAAUAUUCGUUUGUACUUGGAAUGUAGGUAAAUAUAAUUUAAGUAAUCAAAAUUAGUGAUUUGUUUUUAUAUAAGUAUAAACUUAAUAAAACUAUAAAAAUGACGUAGUUAAAAUAUUGAAAAAAUAAAACAUCAACAACAACCAUUCUCCCUUGUUUAUAAUGGAAGACCAAAGUUCAAUAGUUUCAUUUUAAUUUUUGUUUGCUGAAUAAUGUUUGAUUUAGCAGAAAUGUUUUUAUUAAUUGUUUUUAUAAGCACAUAGCAAGCCCAUAGAAGUAGGAAAUGCCAUAGUGUAUUAUAGAAAUUACUUCACGCUUGUAAAUCAUUUUGUAAAUAUAUUUAUUAAAAAUAUAUAAUGGUUCCUUUUCAAAAAAAAAAAAAAAAUGUGAUUUGAAAAUGUGUUAUUUUGUAUAGGUAUUAUAAGAACAGAUAAAUCUUAUCGAUGUUAUUGUUUUUUUAAAUAGACUUAUAAUAUGUUCAGUGUGACAAUGCUUGUAUUGUAUAAUAUGAUGUAGGCAUUUUUUUUUAUAUGCAAUGAAAAUGCUGUAACUUGUUUUUUCAAAAAUACGUUUUAUACAUAGAAAGUUAAAAACCUUUGAAAAAAUACGUUUUUCAUCUUUAUAAAAAAGAAAAUAAUAAAUAUAUGUAUACAUUAUUACAUGAUAUAA